AAAGAAACCUAAGGAAAAAAAACAAACUAUCCAGUGACAAAAUAGAAUAUCCAGGGAUGGAAACUAAUUCGCCUUUUUAUUACACGCUUCGAGCUUCCGGUCACGGUGAAGUUUGGCGCGAUUUUACCUCAGAAGCCAAGUGGCCAUAUGGCUGGUGCUGCACUACUAAUGAGGAAACUUAUUCAACUGCUACCCUGAUUGGAAACUGGUCGGAAGAAAGGUUCGACACCGGUCGAGCCAAAGCAUUACGACGCCCUCUGCCGUCCCAGUUCUCUCACUACUUUCAAACCACAUACUCGUCCACUUACAACAAGGAAGAGAAACCAUCAGUUUACACUUUUAAGAAAGAGCCCAGAAGCUUCCCGGGUCACCAGCCUGAACUGGACCCUCCUCACACCAAGUGUGUACCGAAUUCCUGCUACAGAUCGGACUUCACUGGGCAUCAUUCAUCCGGAAAGUCCUGAAACGUCAUCUAGGAAAUUAUUAGCUGGGACCU